UCCGCUUUUCUCUCUCUCUAUCCAUUUUUUAAGUUGUUGUAUUUACUAUUUACUUUUAUAAAAAAAUUUUGUCCCCCAUAUCCCCUCUUUCUUCUUAUAUCAACUUCGAUCUCAAGAAAAAAAUAUUUGUCGCCAGUCGCCACCGUCUUAAAACCCUAAAUAUCGACAGAUCUGAUUCAGAUCUUGAAAAAUAAGAAUUCCGAAUUUAAUUUGCUGACGGAUCGUAAAUUAUUGGGUUAAUUAUUAACUCUAAUCUAUUUCUUCCGCGAUCUAUUGAAGAAAAUUUAGUGGGGUUUUUUAUUUUUAUUUUUUGGUAUUGAGUGCUUGAGAUUCGGAUCGAUUGUUACUUUUUUCCAGAAAAAAUUGGUGUGUAAAUAUAUGUUUGUUGUUGGAUCUAAUUGGACCGCGUGGAGUAAAUUAAAGAAAAAAGAGGAAACCCUAGGCCAGAUGGAAAAAGAUGAAAACAAAAUGGAGGAUGUUGAAGAAGGUGAAAUUUCGGAUUCAGCUUCAAUAGAGGAGAUCAGUGAGGAAGAUUUUAACAAGCAAGAGGUUAAGAUUUCGAAGGAAUCGAAAUCACCGAAAGAUGGGGAAGCAAACUCGAAUUCAAGAGUUUGGACGAUGCAGGAUCUGUGCAAGUACCCGUCUAUUAUUCGAGGGUAUGCUUCGGGUUUGUAUAAUUUUGCUUGGGCACAAGCAGUUCAGAAUAAACCUCUUAAUGAGAUUUUUGUUAAGGAGUUUGAACAACCACAACCACAAAAGGACGAGAACAACAACUCCAAGCGAUCGUCACCGUCGUCUUUGGUCACUUCUGUAAAUGGUAAAGAGGAGCAGGGCAGUAGUGGAAAUUCAGCUGAUAGAGUUGUGAUUGACGAUGAUAGUGGGGAUGAAAUGGAGGAGGACAAGGUUGUUAAUCUAGACAAAGAAGAAGGGGAGUUGGAAGAGGGGGAGAUUGAUUUGGAUUCGGAUGGUAAUGUUGGUAACUCGGAUGAGUUGGAGAAGCGGGUUAACCUGAUUCGGGGGCUACUGGAAGGGAUUUCUGUGGGUGAAGCAGAGAAAUCAUUUGAGGGAGUUUGUUCCAGACUCCAGAAUGCUCUGGAGAGCUUGCGAGGAUUGGUUUUUGAAUAUAGUGUUCCCACAAAGGACAUCCUUAUUCAACUGGCGUUUGGAGCAGUUAAUUCUGCAUUUGUUGCUCUGAAAUGGAAUUUCAAGGAACAGAAUGUGGCCAUUUUAUCAAGGAUACUCUCUGUUGUAAAGGGUCAUGAUCCUCCUCUGUUCCCUCCUGAAAAGAUGAAAGAGAUAGAGGUCAUGAUGCUCUCUCUGAACUCCCCUGCUGGAGCAAAUGACACAGUGAAAGAUAUAAUUGUUAAGAAGAAGGAUCCUGAUGGUUUAGCUGAAAAUGUUGGUCUUGAUUUGAGUGUCACAAAUAAGUUGCCUUUAUCUAUGGAUUCCAUAAUUCAUAAUAAUCCAAACAUGUUAACAGAAACGUUAAAGCCUGGAGUGCCUAAUUUUAGGAACAGGGUGAUUUCAUUCCCUCUGUUAGACCUUCACAAGGAUCAUGAUGCGGACAGCCUUCCCUCGCCUACACGAGAAACAACACCAUGUUUACCUGUAAACAAGCCACUGACUAUUGGAGAUGGCUUGGUUAAAUCUGGAUUUAUGAUGGCUAAGGGUUCACCUGAUGACGAAGAUAAUAAAUUGCACCCUUAUGAAACGGAUGCCCUCAAAGCCUUUUCUAACUAUCAACAAAAAUUUGGUCGGGGUUCUUUCUUUUCAAGUGAUAGACUUCCAAGCCCAACCCCUUCUGAAGAAUCCAGUGAUGAGGGUGGUGAUAAUGGUGGGGAGGUUUCUAGUUCCUCCAGCAUUGGUAAUUUUAAACCAAAUCUGCCUGUUUGGGGGCAUCCAAUUGUUUCCUCACCGCCACAAGUUGAUAGUGUCAGUUCCAGCAUGCAAGGAAAGAUUGCAACUCAAAAUGCUACAGUUGUGACUGUGAGUUCUGCAUCUAAUAUAGCGUUAAAGUCCUCUGCAAAAAGCAGAGACCCUAGACUUCGGUUUGCCAACUCUAAUGCGAGUGCAUUGGAUCUAAACCAACAGCCCUUGCAUAAUGCAUCUAAGGCGGUACCUGUUGGAGGAAUAAUGGACUCAAGAAAGCAAAAGAGUAUUGAAGAACCUGUUUUGGACGGUCCUGCACUGAAAAGACAAAGGAAGGAGUUGGAAAAUUCAGGGGUUGUUAAGGACGUCCAAACUGUGUCAGGAAAUUGUGGCUGGUUAGAGGACACUGAUGUUAUUGGGUCUCAGGUAACAAACAGAAACCAAAUUGUAGAGAAUUCGGAUUCAAAUUCCUGGAAAAUGGAUAAUAGAGUAACUUGUUCAAGUACCCUAAGUGGUAAAACCAAUAUGACUGUUAACAGAAAUGAGCAGGUGCCAAUGACUGGUAUGAGUACCCCUUCAUUGCCUGCUUUGUUGAAAGAUAUUGCAGUGAAUCCAACCGUACUGAUAAAUAUACUUAAGAUGGGACAACAGGAAAGAUUAGCAGCUGAAAUCCUGCAGAAAUCUCCUGAUCCUGUAAAAAGUACAUUGCAUCAGCCAAGCUCAAAUUCAAUUCUGGGAGUAGUUACCCCCGUAAACAUUGUUCCCUCAAGCUCGUCUGGUAUUUUGUCAAAGCCUGCAGGAAAUCUUCAGGUUCCUCCUCCGGAUGAGUCUGGCAAUAUUCGCAUGAAACCUCGUGACCCUCGCCGUGUUCUUCAUGGCAAUGUGCUUCAAAGAAGUGGUAUCAUGGGUCCUGAUCAAGUAAAAACAAAUGGAACCACCCCUACGUCAAGCACUUUGGGAAGCAAGGACAAUCUGAAUGUCCAAAAGCUGGAGGCUCAGACAGAAUCUAAGCCAAUGCAAUCUCAACUUGUUCCAGCACCAGAUAUCACCCAGCAGUUUACCAAAAAUCUCAAAAAUAUUGCUGAUAUUAUGUCUGUUUCACAAGCAUUGACUAGUCUGCCAGCAGUGUCCCAGAGUUUAGUCUCCCAACCUGUACAACAUAAGCCUGACAGCAUGGAUAUGAAAACAGUAGUUUCUAGUUCUGAGGAUCAACAGACUGGGACUGGUUCAGCGCCUGAAGCAGAUGCAAGAGGUCCUCAUUGUUCACAGAAUACAUGGGAUGAUGUUGAACAUCUCUUUGAAAGAUACGAUGACCAGCAAAAGGCAGCUAUCCAGAAAGAAAGGGCAAGGAGGAUAGAAGAGCAAAAGAAAAUGUUUGAUGCAAACAAACUCUGUCUUGUCUUGGAUCUAGACCAUACACUUCUUAAUUCAGCCAAAUUUAAUGAAGUAGACCCAGUGCAUGAGGAGAUCUUGAGAAAGAAAGAGGAACAAGAUCGUGAAAAACCACAGCGACAUCUCUUCCGCUUUCAGCAUAUGGGAAUGUGGACCAAAUUGCGACCUGGAAUCUGGAAUUUCUUAGAAAAGGCUAGUAAGUUGUAUGAGCUACAUCUGUACACAAUGGGGAACAAGCUCUAUGCUACAGAGAUGGCCAAAGUGCUUGAUCCAAAAGGGGUUUUGUUUGCUGGACGAGUUAUUUCUAGAGGUGAUGAUGGAGAUCCUUUUGAUGGUGAUGAGAGGGUUCCUCGGAGUAAGGACCUUGAAGGGGUUCUUGGUAUGGAGUCGGCUGUGGUUAUCAUUGAUGACUCUGUGAGAGUUUGGCCGCAUAAUAAACUUAACUUGAUAGUUGUAGAGAGGUAUACUUAUUUUCCUUGUAGUAGACGCCAAUUUGGGCUUUUAGGUCCGUCUCUUCUUGAGAUUGACCAUGAUGAGAGACUAGACGAUGGAACUUUGGCAUCAUCUUUGGCGGUUAUUGAGAGAAUACAUCAAGAUUUCUUUUCACAUCAGAAUUUAGAUGAUGUGGAUGUUAGAAAUAUCCUAGCCGCAGAGCAACGGAAGAUUUUGGCUGGUUGUCAUGUUGUAUUUAGUAGGGUGUUUCCUGUAGGUGAAGCCAAUCCUCACUUACAUCCAUUGUGGCAGACAGCUGAGCAAUUUGGAGCUGUGUGCACAAAUCAGAUAGAUGAGCAUGUUACACAUGUAGUGGCCAACUCUCUUGGAACUGAUAAGGUGAAUUGGGCUCUAUCUACUGGAAAAUUUGUUGUUCAUCCUGGCUGGGUGGAGGCGUCCACAUUGCUUUACCGGAGGGCAAAUGAGCUUGACUUUGCUAUUAAACCAUAAAUAAUCACUCUCUAAUCAUUCCUGGUAAAACUAAGACCUGAUAAAAUCAAGAUGGAGAUUGAACAAUCAGGUUGACGUUGGAAUGGAUUGCGCUGCAUGAUUUUCACUGAACACCUUAUUCAGUCUUUUUGGUUGGCAAUGGCAGCUAUCUCUUCAAUCGCCAACCUGCUGAACGUAGUUCCAUUGACCCGGUUUGAUGAGUGCAUAGAAAGAUGGUUUGUGCCCUCAGAGCUUCAAAUUUUCCUUCUGGUGUAGUGGGUUUUGUGAUUGAAUAGAUGAGUUGGCGAAGACAUUGGUUAAUCGGGCCGGUUUCGUUGAGCUCGCCUCUUGCAGUAAUAAUAAAAUUGCCAAACGCUGGUUGUGCAAAAUGAAAUACAAUUAAAACAAAAAAAAAAAAGAAAAGGAGAUAGUGCAAAGACAGUCUCAUCUAAAGUGUAUUGAAUUUA